AUGGCUUGGGGCGGGCCCCGGGAUACCGGCACAGGCAGUGGAAACGUGAGCUCCAGAGCUUCACCGGCAAUAAGUUCGUCCAUGGGCAAUCCAGCUCAGGCUACGAACGGAAUGAAACCAAAGACAUCACUCAACGGCAACGGAUACCAUCCCACAAACCCCCCAAUACCUCUGAGCUCGAUGCGCAGCGCCGGACUGGAUUUGAGAUCGGUUGAGAGACGGGGACAACCGACCGCGAGCCGGGAACCGUCGAAGCGAAACCGUCCGCAUGGCCUUCAGGAAGCUCCGACGUAUCGCCCCACGGAAGACGACUGGCGAGAUCCCUUCGAAUACAUCAGGAAGAUCACCCCAGAGGCCUCGAAGUACGGCAUCUGCAAGAUUAUCCCGCCCGACUCGUGGAAUCCUGACUUUGCAAUCGAUACAGAGAAGUUCCACUUUAGGACCCGAAAGCAAGAAUUGAAUUCAGUCGAAGGCAGCACACGCGCGAAUCUAACCUACCUCGAUGCCCUUGCAAAGUUCCACAAACAACAAGGGACAAACCUCAACCGACUACCAUACGUCGACAAAAAGCCCCUUGAUCUCUACCGGCUCAAGAAGGCGGUCGAAGCCCGUGGUGGGUUUGACAAGGUGUGCAAGAUGAAGAAGUGGGCAGAGAUUGGUCGCGAUCUGGGAUACAGUGGCAAAAUCAUGUCGUCCCUGUCGACGUCUCUCAAAAAUUCCUAUGAUCGCUGGCUUAAUCCCUACGAGAACUAUCUCCGCCACGCCAAACCUGGUGUCUACCAACAGCUAGAGUACGAGUACGGCGGCCCCUUCACUCCCAGCCCAGCACCGAGUCCGAUGAAGCGGUCUACCGUAAAUACGCCAUCCAGCCUGAGGGGAGAUUCGCCCACACGGAACGCGACCGACGCAUUGCAAGCUAGUAUCAGCUUGAACGGUCUUAAACAGGAGGGUGACCGUGACACAUCUAUGACCGAUGCUACAGCGCCAAUUCCAACCCCAGCGCCAGCUCCUACUUCCGGUGGGUUCACAGCAAUUAACACGGGAGGUUUCACUGCAGUCAAUGCCGGCUUCACCAGUGUCAACCGGCCGACUCCGGUUGAAGCAAAGAGCUUUACUCCGCCGAAGCAGUUUGGAAGCCCGAUUUUAUCAGCCAAAAACACACCAGACUUGAGGCCUUCGGGGCUGGGCAUCGCAAAUUCGUUAAAGCGACAGCUGAGCAGCGACAGUCUCGACAUUGCCAAGAAGGAUAGUGCCGACAAAGACGACUCUGAAAAUGGCAGUCGACGGAGUAAGCGACUGAAGAAAGGAACCCCAGCGGCCCCAAAUGUGGUGAGCUGUGCAUCCAGUCGGUGGUCCACGGGGCUUGGCGCACCGAGUCAUGCGGUCCGCCGUGCAGCACGCUUCCAGGGAUGGCAAGGAUCUACCUGCCGCGAAGUCACAUCCUUGUUUCUUAUUGGGCCCUGUUUAGCUGGCUCGCAUAUGUCCUUGUUCCGACCCCUAGGUCCCCGAACGCCGCGGGACGAAUCGUCGAUUCCGGGAGAGCGAUGUGAGACUUGCGGCAAAGGUGAAGAGUCGGGUUUUCUGGCGGUUUGCGAAUCCUGCGACAACGGCUAUCAUGGCACAUGCUUGGAUCCCCAACUGAAACAGAAACCGGAAACCGAAUGGAAUUGUCCACGAUGCCUUGUUGGUGAUGGCCAAUUCGGCUUUGAGGAGGGAGGUCUCUAUUCCUUGAAACAAUUCCAGGAGAAGGCUGCCGACUUUAAGCAAGGCUACUUCGAGAACCGGAUGCCGUUCGAUCCUGUACUCAAUUGCCCUAGACCAGUCACCGAAGACGAUGUCGAGCGCGAAUUCUGGAAGCUGGUUGCUAGUAUCGAGGAGACGGUUGAGGUCGAGUAUGGCGCUGACAUUCACUGCACGACCCACGGCUCCGGUUUCCCCACGGCAGAGAGGAAUCCCAGCAACCCCUACUCCACUGAUUUCUGGAAUUUAAACAUUCUGCCGCUACACCCCGAGUCGCUUUUUAGGCACAUCAAGACUGACAUAUCCGGUAUGACUGUGCCCUGGGUGUAUGUAGGCAUGAUAUUUUCGACCUUCUGCUGGCACAAUGAGGACCAUUACGCGUACUCAGCCAACUACCAGCAUUUCGGUGCCACCAAAACAUGGUAUGGGAUUCCGGGCGAGGAUGCUGAGAAGUUUGAAAACGCCAUGCGUGAAGCGGUUCCGGAGCUGUUCGAGACGCAGCCAGAUCUUCUCUUCCAACUUGUCACCCUGCUCACGCCAGAACAACUGAAGAAGUCUGGAGUGAGAGUCUACGCACUGGAUCAGCGGGCGGGGCAGUUCGUCAUCACUUUUCCACAAGCGUACCACGCCGGCUUCAAUCACGGCUUCAACUUCAAUGAGGCUGUCAACUUCGCACCGUGCGACUGGGAACCCCACGGCUUGGCUGGCGUGGAACGACUUCAGGAGUAUCGCAAACAGCCUUGUUUCUCCCAUGAUGAACUUCUUUGGACAGCCGCCGAAGGAGCCACGACUGGACUUACUAUUCAAACAGCAAAAUGGCUCGCACCGGCUUUGGAGCGAAUCCACAAGAAGGAAGUUUGCCGGCGUGAGCAGUUCAUCAGCAAACACUUGGAGAACAACGACCACCCCUGCAUUUUAACGGCCGACCCGCAUGAGCCCUGCACUCUGACCUACCAACUCUUCGACGAAGACGUCCCGGAAGAAGAGUAUCAAUGUUCAUACUGCAAGUCGUUUGCUUACCUCGCGAGAUUCAAAUGCAAUCGUUCAGGGAAAUUCUUAUGUCUACAACACGCGGGAUUUCACGCCUGCUGCGACCUCCCCGAGUCGGCCCGUUUCGCUGGUAAAGACCAUAUCCUCUUCUACCGAAAAUCGAACGAAGAUCUCGCCGAGACAUACCGUAAGGUUGCGGACAAAGCACAUCUGCCGGAAGCUUGGGAGGAAAAGUACGAGAAGAUGCUAGAUGAAGGAGCUACACCAACGCUGAAAGCGCUUCGUACUCUUCUCAGCGAGGGUGACCGCAUUCCGUACGACCUCCCCUCUCUGCCAGCGCUCAAGGAAUUCGUUGAUCGCUGCAACGAAUGGGUCGAAGAGGCGACUAACUAUACGGUACGCAAGCAGCAGAACCGCCGAAAGAACGACAAAGCCUGGCAGAGCGGUAUGCGAAAGUCCAUCGGCAACUCCUACCAGGAGCAAAAGGAGCGCGAGAUGCGCAAAGUCGAUAACAUCUACCGCUUAAUCGAAGAUGCCGAGCGCAUCGGGUUCGACUGUCCCGAGAUCACCCAGCUACGAGAACGUGCCGAGGCCAUCAAAGGCUUUCAGAAGAGUGCACAGGAAGCGUUUGAGCGGUUGCUCAUACAGAGCCAGGAUAGUAUCGAGGAGCUACUCGAGGAGGGACGCAGCUUCAAUGUCGAUAUGCCCGAAAUCGAUAAGCUGGCUAGUAUACUCGAGCAGAUGCGGUGGAAUGCCAAGGCCAAAUCACUCCGAGGCGUCUUCAUGACUCUCGAUGAAGUGACGGAGCUCGUAACCGAUGGACUACGACUGGAAAUACCACCAUACAAUGACCACAUGAAAUGGUUUAACGAUAAAUUUCAGGCGGGCCGACAAUGGGAGACUAAGGCCAAGGAACUCAUCAAGGCGGAGAUCGUCCAUUAUCCCCAACUUGAGGCUCUGUCCAACCAAGUCAAACAAAACUGUCUACCAGUCGGGGUUGACACCCUUUGGGCGGUCGAUCAGAUCCUCCUCAAGCAACGAGAAGCACACCGUCAGAUCAUUGACCUUACAGAGCGAUGUCGGGAGUCAGACUACACCAAACGGCCGAAAUAUAUCGAGGUGGCCGAGAUCAUGAAGAAACUGGAAGACUUCAAUUCUAAGCCGACAGGAACAUUAGACCUCGAGAAAGAGCAAAAACGCCACGAAGACUGGAUGCGAAAAGGUAAGAAAUUGUUUGGCAAAACCAACGCCCCACUCCACAUCCUCAAGUCUCACAUGGACUACGUGCUGGACCGCAAUCACGACUGCUUCGACAUUACUAUCGAUAAACCUCGACUACCGGCCGAGCCUGCUUCUAGAGCGCCAAGUGAAGAACGAGAGGAUAAGGGCCCUCGUACUUGGACCGACCCAACGUUCAGGGAGGUGUUUUGCAUCUGCCGCCGGGUAGAGGCCGGCAUGAUGAUUGAAUGCGAGUUGUGUCAUGAGUGGUAUCACGGCAAGUGUCUGAAGAUCGCACGUGGCAAGGUGAAGGAGGACGACAAGUACACUUGUCCAAUCUGCGACUGGCGUGUCAAGAUACCCCGUGAUGCUGCUCGACCAAAACUGGAAGAUCUGAUUGCGUGGCAGGAAGAGAUCCCGAAUCUGCCAUUCCAGCCAGAGGAGGAGGACGUGCUGACGAGGAUCAUCGACAACGCGCAGGACUUCAGGAACCACAUCCAGGCCUACUGCAACCCGAUCAUGGCCACCGCUUCUGAAGCUGAGACACAGCGCUUCUACCUGCGCAAGAUUGAAGGCGCCGAGAUCCUUCUCGCAUUCGAGACCAAUUUCUUCCGCCAAGAAUUGCACAAGUGGAGCCCUGUCGCGCCAGAGCCCCCGCCAGUGCUAGAUGUGUCUAAGAGCACCCGCAAACCUCGCCCAACCAAGCUGCAACGGAUGCUCAUGCAGUACGGCGUCGAAGAUCCAGACGACUUGCCUGAAAAUAUCAAGGGCAAGGCCAAUAGUCUCAAACGUAAGGCUUUGAAUGCCGAGGCGACGGCGGCGGCGGCGGCUACCGGUUCAUCGUCGGGCAGUGCCAUGGUGCCGAAUGCCACCAGUCCAUCGACACACUCCUUUGGCUCCGGCGGCCAUGUUUACUACGGCCUCGGUUCCCAGCCACCGACACCAGCUCUCACAAGCUCAGCACACACCCAUCCGCCUCGUGGUUCGGACUCGUCCUCGUCUAGCAGACCAGGGUCUGCUCUGCGCGCUGAUCCUAUGGAUCUUGAUGGCAGUGGUGGUGCCGGCUUGCAUCCCCAAUUUUUCCUGAGCAAUGGUAGCAACGGCCCUGGUCCCAGACUUAUGGCGUCGGACCGCGAGCCCAUGUCGCUGGAGGACCGACUCCUGAGUGGACAAGACGACGGACUGAAUCUGCAGAGCGAGGCCGGCAAGGGUAAGGCCCUUGAGAUUCUCGGGCGGACCGAGAAUGGACGGCGCCGGGCCGAGGAGAUCUUUGGCCGCGAUGUCUGGGAUGUUGAUCGGCGAUCCGCUAUUGAAGUUGGUGGACCAAGUGGACUGGCUCAUCAUCCCGAAGACGAAGACAAUAAGGAUGUCGAUCGCAUGUUUUUGGACCUAACGAAUGCUGACGACGAAGACGCCGAGGGCAAGAAAGACAAGGACAAGGCGCUCACUGCUGAAAGUUUCGAGGCAGAACGAGACUCCAUGGUGAUUCUCGACUCUCCCUAA